UACAGUACCUAACUGCCGAAAAUAUAACCUAAAAAUUAUUACUUUAAUUGUUUUUGUUUACCGUUGCUUAAAGUAAACCGUUAAUAAUUUAUAUUCGCUUAGUAUCAAUAUCUCAAAAUUACAAUGGCUGACGACGGUGACAAUGUGGCUGUAAUGACGGUCAAAGAACCUCUUGAUUUGAUAAGACUUAGCUUAGAUGAAAGAAUUUAUGUAAAAAUGCGCAACGAACGGGAGUUACGUGGGAAACUUCAUGCUUAUGACCAACAUUUAAAUAUGGUCUUGGGUGAUGCUGAGGAAACAAUAACAACAGUUGAGAUUGAUGAAGAAACAUAUGAAGAAGUUUAUAGAACAACAAAAAGGAAUAUUCCAAUGUUAUUUGUGAGAGGUGAUGGAGUAAUAUUAGUAUCUCCACCGGUGCGUGUGGGCAUAUAGAUUUAGGUAAAUAAAACUAAUAAUAAGAACA